AACCGAGAGAGGCUUGACUGUGGACCUGCAAGGAGACAUUUGAAUUCGGGCUCAGCUUCAGCACGUCCUGACGUGACGGACCUCUUUUUGGGAAGAGAAAAGAAGAUUUCCUCUCCCAGAUACGAUGAGGCAAUGGGGAUUACCGGCAAAGGCCAGAUCGGUCAGUUUUCCUGCACCGAAAUUGCCUCCAGAGUUGACUCCGGUUCGGCAGUGUGGAAAUAUGUCGCAAUUUCUGUGAUUGAAUUCGAGUGUUCGAAAGCGACUCAGCAAGUGAGGAACUUUUAG